UCCCCUCACGUCUCAAAGAGAAAGUACGUUGACAGAGGGGCUUCGACAGAGUUGUCCGCCAGGAUUGCAGCAGGAUUGGACACCAUCUGCAGUGCUUCAGCAGCUACCCUAGUGACCCAGUUCUUUUGUGUGAUAAUGGCGGUGCCCUUGGUUAAAACGUCUGUGUCAGUUCUGCGUUCCGGGUCAUUUCUGCGUUCGGCCACUAUCUCUCAUUUCGUGGCUCGGUCACUCUGUGCUGUAACUUGCCCUUCUAACACAUUAUGUUGGAACUGUGCCAAAUCGCAAUUUCAGCCACAGAAAUCAAAUCUGUUAUCAAAGUCAGCGUUGUUAAGGAGAAAUUGGAAUUGUGUUUCCAUAGGAACUAAGAAGAUGUCUGACUUCACGGGAAAAGGGAAAGAUUACAUAUUUCGACAGUUGCUGGACUACAAGUCGUUUACCUACACUUACCUUUUGGCCGACCCAGUCAGCAAGGAAGCGGUACUUAUUGACCCUGUCUACGAACUUGUGGAGCGCGAUCUAAACCUUGUCAAGGCUCUUGGCCUUGAUCUCAAAUUUGCAAUCAACACCCAUGUCCAUGCUGACCACAUCACAGGAACAGGCGAUAUAAAGAAGCGGGUCCCUUCGUGUAAAAGUGUUAUCACCGAGGUCAGCGGAGCCAGCGCUGAUGUCAAAACAAAAGAUGGAACAAAGCUUGAGUUUGGAAAGUUCUCAUUGGAGGUGGCGAGGACCCCUGGACACACCAAUGGAUGCUGUACCUAUGUGUGGCGUGAGAAGGGGAUGGCUUUCACCGGUGAUACACUUCUGAUCCGUGGCUGUGGACGUACAGACUUCCAGGAAGGUGAUGCUGCUACACUGUACGAGUCUGUUCAUACAAAGAUCUUCACUCUUCCUCCCGACUUCUCCCUCUACCCAGCUCACGACUACACAGGUCAAACAGUAACAACAGUGGCAGAGGAGAAGGCCUUCAAUCCGCGUCUAACAAAAUCAAAGGAGGCCUUUGUGGAGAUCAUGGGAAACCUCAACCUCCCCUACCCUAAACAGAUAGAUCGUGCCUUACCUGCUAACCUGGUGUGUGGAGUGUUUGAUGAGCCUCCAAAAUAGGCCCUCACCAUUGAGACAACUAUUUGAUAAGGAAAGGAAAACUCGCUGAUGAAUGCUACAUAGACCCGACGUUGUAUUGAUGCCAAUGAACAAGCCUUUUUAGUAUAUAUUUACCGUUUUUAGGUAUUUUGAGGGCAUUUGAGAUUGUUUAUAUCAGGUUGUAUUAUGCAAACAUCAGUUUUACAAUGUCUUUCAAAUAUAGAAACGUUAGGAAAUACUUUUAGUGUUGUAUUUUUGUGCAUUUCUUAAUUGUGUUUGAUCAAUUAACGAAGCAUCAUUUUUCUUAAAAAUCAUUUCAAUGAGAUGACUAGUAUUUUUUCUCAUGUGAAUUUAUCCCUAACUGGUUUUAGAGAUUGAAUACCAUUAAGUUUCCUGUUACUAAAACCAAUCAAGAGUGGUUAUUUAAAUUCUUUGCAUAAAUAAGAAAUCUAAAAUGACCUCCAUAUAGGUCUUAAUUUAGCAAAACAUUUUCACUUCUUGCCUAGUUCAGAUUAUAGAAGAAAUAGAUAUAGGUAUGAUGGUUCCUUUUUCUAAAAACAUUUCUCAGGUUGAUAAGCAUGAAUUGAAUUGUAGAAAAGUUAUGUAUCACAACCAGUGAAUGUUUAGGUGUGUCGUUUAAUUGAUUAGUACAGUACGUAUUCUGUCACAUUCAUCAGACAAACGAGCGGUGAAACGUAUGUACACAAAGGUGUAAAAUACGUACGAGUUGGAUAUAUAGAAUCGAUGUUGAUUCGUAUACGCUAUAAGCAACUAUAACGAAAUAGCGUAACCGAAUCAACAUCGAUACUUUAUUGCCAAUUUGUACAUAAUUUACACCUUUGUGUACGUACGCUUCACUGGUUGUUUGUCUGAUGAAGGUGCCACAGUAGGUACCGUACCUAUCAUUGCAUUGUCACACAAAGACUAGCUAGUUGUGAUAUAUAAUGGUUAUCGUUCUACAAGUCUGAUAUGCCUCUAACUAUGUGUUUAUUUUUGAUAUAAAAUACUCAAUUAUUUUUCAAUGAUGUAAUGCUUUUGUCAUACUGCUUUCAUGAAAAGAAGACACAACUACAAAGUCUAUUUAUUUAUGAGGGAGACUCGUAACUUUUCAUAACUUUUCUUUCUGUUUGCAUUAAGUUAGUUCAUUACAAAUGGUAUACUAUUUUAAACGGUGACAUUUUAAGUUAUUAUUUUGUCAAGUUUGGGCCGUUAUGAGUACUUGCCUGUUUUUUAAUAAAAAAUAGCUGUUUUUUCUCCCAUGGAAAACAUUAAAAGUUGUCAGGUAUGGUCAUGCCCUAUAGAAACAUUUUUGACCGAUACAACUUAAUCACAGACACAUUUUUGUUACAAUUUAGAAGUCUUACAAUUAUUUAGGAAUUAGCUGUAUAUCAAGUCAAGAGAUAAAAAAAAAAUUGCAUACAUUUUUGAAUUGUGCAUGGGAGAUUUGUACAUAAUACGAUUAAAAAAUAAAUAAUUGAAACAUAUCACUUUUCUUUUUGGCAUAUAUAUAGCCGAAUAAAAAGAUAAAACAUUAUAAAAAGAUUGACGACUUUCAUACGGUGUUAUUGGCAACAAACGUUUUUAAUGCCAGCUUUUAAAAUAUAUUCCACUCAAAUAGAGUAAUCCUUUUACAUGUAUAUAAAACCCAUUUUGUUGAUUUUGAAUUUCAUUCUUUAAGACAGACAUGAUUAAUGCAUUUCCACGAAAAAGUAUAUACUAUUUUGUUUAAGCCGUUAUUUGGCAAUCUAUUUGUGAAAUAAAAGCAAUACUUCAUUUUAUGUUUAACAAUAUGUAAACAAAUAUAUAAUGUUAAUGUUUUUGAAGUGAAAUAUGUACACUUUCCCUAUUUUGUCUAAAUAAUGAUAGAAACUAUUACCUUGAACGUAAAACGUGAUGAUGAACUGAGCUUUCCACAAAAUGUAAUUGUUUUUACCUCGUCGCCAUGAAAAGCGGAAGCGAGACUAAGGUUUUAGCUUUUCCAGCGACGGUGGCGUCAUCUUGAAGUUUUUGCGUAUAACUAAGUUUCACUUAAAGUAUAAGUACUAGAUCAACCAAACUUAGACCAUCAGAUGAAUCUUAGGUAGUACAUCUCAACCCAUACAUCAAAUAGAGCCUACCUUUCAUGGCCCCUUGACUUUGUCAGCAUUUCCAUCAACAUUAAGUUUUCGCGUUUAAAUUAGUUUCUCUGAUAUGUGCAUUGAUGG